AUGUCGGCGCCAGACAAUGCCGAGUACGAGCUGCUCACCGAGCACUUUAGCUACCCUCCCGUCUCUCUCCUCGACGACAUCAUCAAUGCCGUCAACGUUCUCGCCGACCGCGCCGUCGGCGCCGUCGAGACAGCCCUCACCGGCCUCAACCCGCACAGCAUCGGCUUCGGGCCCUCCAAGAAGCGCGGCGCCCCCGGCACGGCGCCGCCCGCCGACACCAACGGCGGCAGCAGCGCCGACCCCGCCGCGGCCGCCAAGCGCGAGAUUGAGCAGGGCACGCACCAGCUCGAGACGCUGCUCAAUGCCUCCAUCGACAAGAACUUUGACAUCUUCGAGCUCUACGUCAUGCGCAACAUCCUCACCGUCAAGCCCGACGACCAGCCGUACAUGACGCUCGCGCACUACCGCGGCCUCGAUUUCGCCCCGUCCACCGCCGACGCCCCCGCGAGUCUCGAGUCCGUCACGCAGCUGCGCCGCAGGCUGCACGCCAGCCAGGCGCUGCAGGUCGCGCUCGAGACGGAGCGCGUGCGCAACGAGGCGCUCCUGCAGACGCUGCGCGCUGCCGUCGGCGUCAAGAGCACCACCACCACCACGGCCGUCAAGACGGAAGACGGGGCGGCGGCGGCGCCGCAGCAGCAGCAGACGAAUGUGCUUGGAUUCCUGCAUGAUCGCGGCACGCUCGAAGAGGGCGGCACGGAGCGGCCCAUUGCCACGACGACCGAGUUUACCCUCGCGCAGCUGGACACGCUGCGGUCCCUGUCGUCGACGCUGCGGGCCCUGCUGCCGGACAUGGCUGCCGAGGAGGAGGAGGAGGAGCAGGAGCACAAGGAGAAGAGCUGGCGCCGGGAACGCGCCGAGUAUGUGGAGAGCGCGUCGCGGCAGUACCUGGAGACGGUGGCCGGCGUGGAGCUUGGACCCGCGGGCGAGGUGCGCGACGGCGAGUGGCAGGGCCCGGGGAGGGGCAUGGCGCGUGAGGAGCUGGAUGGGUUAGAGACGGUGGUGGCGGUCCUGGGCGCGCAGCAGCCGCCCGAGGACGACGAGCCGGCUGCGGCGGGAGACGACGAAGACGAGAGCAUGGUGCAGUCGUGA